CAAAACUUGAAGAAAAGAAAGAGAGAAAGAAAAGAAAAAAAAACACGGUCAUUUUCACUACAAUUUCCAUCCUUGCAUACUUAUUCACACAAUCAUUUGCAUAAUUGAAGAAGAAAAAGGAGGAGGAGGAGGAGGAAUGAUAUGGAACACGAAAGAAAGAACAGUGUGGAGGAAUAGUCAGGCAAGCCUCGAAGGAAUACUAGCUUGUGAUGUUUUUGUUGGGUACUGUGAAAUUUUCCCUCGAACCUAUCACGGAGAUUUUGAUUGAGGUGGUCAUUGGAUCACUUGUGAUUCUUGUGACUUUGUUAAUAUUGUCUAAGAAGAAGUGUGCUAUUCAUAACCCGUGUUCAUCAACAACAGGUAUGGAGGUGAAUCGCAUAACUCAUCGUAAAAGUAAUGAUGGGAUCGGAUUGGUGUUCUUUGGGAAGGGUGAGAAGGAAUUUGAGAUGGAUCAGUUGUUUGCUUCUCAAGCUGAGGUUUUGGGGAAAGGUACUUUCGGGUGUACCUACAAGGCUAAUUUGGAGGGCAAAGAUGCCCUUGUAAUCAAGAGACUGAAAACCCGUCAGCGUGCUUUUGGGAAAGAGAAGAUUGAAGAUUUAGGAGGAAUGGUUCAUGAAAAUUUGCUUCCUCUCAAAGCAUAUUAUCAUGGUGAAGAUGAGACACUUUUGAUUUCUGAUUAUAUGCCCAUGGGAAGCUUGUCCCGUUUUUUGCAAGGAAGGACAAGCAUUUCGCUCAAUUGGCACGUUAGGCGUAAAAUAGCUUAUGGAGUUGCACGUGGUAUCGAAUAUCUGCACUCCCAAGGCCCCAAUGUGUCCCACGGAAACUUGAGAUCGUCUAAUAUUCUCCUAACCAAUUCCUUCGAUGCACGUGUCUCCGAGUUUGGCAUAGCCCAACUUCUCCCAGCUGAAUCCAAACUCAACUGCAUUGCUGGCUAUCGAGCGCCUGAGUUGACAAAUGCAAACAAUACUGUUUCUCAAAAAGCCGAUGUCUACAGUUUUGGUGUGGUGCUUUUGGAACUGUUAACCGGUAAGCCACCAAAGCAUGGUGUUUCAGAAGACUUGCCUAAGUGGGUGAUUUCGAUGUUUCAAGAGAAGCCCAUCAUUGAUGUGUUUGAUCAGAAGCUACUAACAAACCAGGACGUGGAAAUUGAGGAGCAAAUGUUUCUGAUUUUGCAACUUGCAAUUUGCUGUACUUUUCAGUACCCGAAAAACCGACCCUCCAUAGCUGUUGUGGCUAACCGAAUUAGGGAUAUCUGUUAUUCUGGAUCAUCAUAAAUGUAUUCUUACAUUUCAGAUCCAAAAUUGGAGAGUGGAAUCACAUAACAAAUUUCAUUAGCAUGCUGAGCUAAAAAGUCCAAGAUUUAUAGUCUUCAUGAUAUAUUUGUCACCCUUCAUUUCCAAGAAUGUUACAUUGUUGAUGUUUUAGUGUUUGGCAAACCAAACCAUCUCUAUUUCCAGACAAAGACAAAAAUAAAUGGCACUGAAAUCAUUCACAUUCA